UCGCGUUGUUUUUCAGUGGAUGUUUGAAAACAAACGGUUGGAAUAAGCCGGCGAGAGGAGUGUUCCUCGGACGCCAGCCCGCGGCGCAUGCGCAAGGAGCGGGCGGAUGAUGGCGGCCGCGCUGUCCAGGGCGCUGAAGCUCCCGGGUAAAAAGUCACAUGAUCUGGGAGAGUAUGACCCCCUGCGGCAGGCUGACAGCGAUGACAGUGCAGACGAUGUGACCUCAACUAUCAAAAAAUGGCAGUCUGCAGACUGAAGCGACAGUUGAGGCUGUGCUCAACAGAGAUGCAGGCACUGUGGUUGAGAUGCAUGCACUGAAGGUAAAACAAUGCCGGUCAGAUCAACCAGCUCAGCGGAGGUACAUUGCAACUGAAGUGUCAGAUGAGUUUGCUAUUAAAACCAGAACUUCAUUUCUUCCUUGCCUGCGGACAGCUGCCUUCCUCCUCACUCUCGUUUUGACCAUGGUCCUAGUCUUAGUCUGUGCUUUCUUCAUCCCAUGUCCGAGAGAGCCACACACUGAAGACCUCAUGGAACAGAAGCCUCGGUCAAGCAGCUGGUUUCCCUCUGGCGAUCACCCUUUGGGAUGUCAACGAUGACCAAGUUUCCGAUGUUAUUGUUUCGUUCAGCUCUGCUGGGAAAGUCCGAGACCAAAGAGGCAUCCUCAGGCCACAAGUCAGCAUGAAGCUCCAUGUGUCAGUAGCGGUGUUGUCCGGGGUGGAUGGCAGUGUUCUCUGGACGACUCCAGCCUCUGAACGGCUGAAGUUCAUCGACUGUGGCCUCGGUUACACCGGAGGAGGAAAGGGCACCGUCUGCAUACUGGUUGGAGUCAGUCGUAUGUUGAAGGCCGUUAACAGCAGCUCAGGAAGUAGCUUCUGGGAAACAAAGAAUGUAUACCCAUCCCACCGGAUUCCAGCUGCCCUGCCUGUGCAGCUCCCAGACAUUGAUGGUGAUGGUUUUGGAGACAUGCUGCUUGGGAGCAGACCGGCUACAUUGGCCAAUCGGAUUCGUGAUGUGUCCUUUGUGUUUGUGUCAGGAGCAACUGGGGCUCUAAUUGGCCAGCCAGUAACUUAUAAUGUCACUGGUGAAGGCAAGUUGAUUGGUCCAAAGGCCUGUGUGUCUGGUGAAGGGGCGCUCUACAUUCUCUUUGGUUAUGGGAGCAUCCAAGCUGUGUCUGUGAGGGACAUUUACAAGCAGGCGAAUGGCAAGGGCAGCUUGCCUCCAUCUCUGUGGAAGGAGGACCCCACCUUGGAAUGGAAGAGAGAGGGAAACCUGUCUGGAUUGCUGGAGGUGUACAGUGGCAAUAGUUCUGCGCGGGACCUGCAGGUGCUGAGUGGAACUGGAGGGAACUUCAGUGACCUACUGAUCACCACCAAGAACAAGCUACAGCUCCUGAGGGGGAAGCUCCUUCGGCAAGUGUGGCAGGCAGUCGGCAGCAGCAUCGAGGGUGUUCCUGUGCCUGGGUUCUUCAAUGAGGACAGAGUCCUGGAUUUCCUGAUUCAGGUCACCAGUGGGAACAGCACGAGAAAGAGUUUAAUUAUCGAUGGGAGCUCGGGUAAGGAACUGUGGCAAGCUGAGCUGGGGUGUCGGAGCCAGGGCUCGGAGGCAGCCUCGAUACCACUGUCCGACGGGAGGUCAGCGUUUCUGUUCUGGGCCGGAGAAUGUGGAGCGGAACCUUUGACUCUGAGGACCGACUCUGACCGGGACAACGGGUACCACCUCUUCCUCCUGCACCCGUCGUACCCUCACGUGCUUCUGAAGCUGGCCACCAGCUUGGGCCCAGUGACUGCAUCAGCCACUGGAAUAUGGGAGCAAAGGAAGGAUGCAUUCCAUGUUGCUGUGACAAUUGAUUCCACCCAGGCGACCCACAAAAGCCGGAUGGGACCCCUGUCGGUGACCAACGUGGGCUUGAAAGAGGCGAUUUUGCAAAGUAAGUUUGUGACGCUGGAGGAGGUGACCACCAGCACUGAGUCCAUCAGGAAAUUCUUCUCCCAGCUCCAGUUCUGCACUGAAGUUCAGCAGUGAACGGUUCUUAACUCGUUCUUUCACUGAGUUGGAAUCCAUCGCUGUCUAUGGAACAUCCUCUCCUGACCACCGCUUCCCGUGUUGUCCCAGCCUAUCCCUGAGGGCAGCAUCCGUUCCCUCCCAAACUGCCUGCCAGCCAGCCUGACGGGAGCAUCUCUGACGCUUCAGGUCGCACUGGGAACUCAGGACUUCUGGUCUCUCUGCUGACAGCGGCCUGGUGUAUGAACGGGAGUCAAAUUCCCUCUGCUCUACAAUUAGCCAUCUACCACACCAUGUCAACCUGCUUUUCGUCACGUCAGCCUUGUCUAAUGGAACUAUUCUGGCAUUGCCGCAAGGAACCAACUUUAGAAGAAUGUGUUAGUCUGGGGCCUAUUUUCACCCAGUACUGUUUCAAGAGCUGCCUUCACAACAGCAUGGGGCAGCCUUGUGUCUUAUUGUUGCAAUGAUCUGAAAUGCCCUGUUCUGGCUCCUAUGUAGAAGGUUGUUUGUUAUUGCUGCUACUGCAGGUGGCCAGGUUAGAGGAGCUGCUUUCGGUAAUGAGCAGAACUCUUUGAUCAGUGCCCUGUUGUAGCUCUGAGCUCGGGAUAAUCACUUGUUACCUUGAACAUGCCCUUUCCUCUGAAACUACUCUCCAUUUCCCAUUGUACUCACAAAACCACCUCCCCUCCAAUCCCAAUCCAAACACUUUUCCCAACCUGCUGCCCCAACUUCAGCACUUCUGAACUUCACCAACAGUCGAGCGUUUACUGAAAUGCGAGGGGGCGAGCAGGUGUGACACCUGAGCUGCAGCGGGAACAGUGACGGGAUUGGACUGGGGGAGGGGUGGGUUGUGAGGAUGUUGGAUCGGGGACAGUGGGAUAUGAAGGACUUAGACGAGGGUCUUGGUC